UUGCGGCCCUGGGAUAUUUUGACAACAAAUAAAAGAAUUGGCUAGGAAAUAUAUGGAUAAAAUGGACAGCGAAGACACAGAAACGACACAUUAUUACCUGGAAUGCGAGGGCGGCGUCGAGGAAUGGCACUGGAAUCAGAAGAGCACCAAACUCCUCGUCGAACUCUAUUCAGAGCGACGCCACAGAUUCCGAGAUCCAAAGACACGCAAACGGGCUCUGUGGACAGAAAUUGUAGAUGAGAUGGAACGGGAAGGCUACAAGGGAAUCAACGAAGAUAUCUGCGAUCGCAAAUGGCGUAACAUGAAGAAGACAUAUCGCACCUGUCGCGAGACAAUGAAGAAGAACGGACGUAAGCGAGUCGCCUGGGAUUAUUACGAUACAUUCGACGAAAUGUUUCACAACGAUAAAUCAUCCUCCUCCUCUUCAAUGGCUGCCAUCAAAGCCGAGAAUAAUGCAGUCGAGCCGCAGCAGCAGCUGGAUAUGUGUGCAACUGUGGACGCAACCCUGCUGGCAACGAAGCCAGAUCUGUCUGUGAGCCAGGAGCAGCAGCGACAACUGCUAGUUCUGGAGCGCAGCAGAAUCUCAGCCAUAAAAGAGCUGAGCAAACGAAUCGAGGAAUCCAAUGCAAUCCAACGGGAAAGGAACGAUCUACUGCGCGAAUAUCUCAAUCAGUUCUAGUCAUAGUCCUCACUAAUUAAAUAUAUAUCUAUCUAAAAAUAUCGAAACGAACUCUAGCGAUGAGUUACAUUGUGAAUAUGCUGAUGCUAAACAAAGGACUCAGUGGACUGUUGUCAUAAAUAGAUUAAUCGAACGAUCUGCUGCCCGAAUAUCUCGAUUCUAGUUAUAACCCUAACCAAUUAAAUAUAUAUCUGCAUGUAUAUAAACAAUUAGAAAUUAAAAUGUACAUAUAUUCAAUGCUGUUUAUUUUCGAAUUUAAAAAUUUUUUAAAUUGUAGAAAAUAUAGCUUUUAUAAAACUCUGAACGAGCUUGUCAGCAAUUUUAGAUGUAAAUUAUCUAUUAUAAAACCAGAAAUUAAAAUGUGAAGAGAUACACAAAGAUGGAAUUUAAAGUAAGACAAAUAUAGCAUUG